AUGAGACGGCGGUCUCGAACGGGACUCGAACAAGGACCUCGAACAGCCGGUUUUGUCGAGUGCGUCACUCGAGUACGGCCAGACUGCGAAUCCAAGUUGCUGCCAUGCGCUAGCCUCCGACGGCAAGUACACUUUGACGACAUGACCUCUGGCCCGCGACUCUUCGUCGUUGUUACUCAGUUCUCGCGCACAGGUCAAGCCAACGCCAACAAACACGAAAGAGUGACACGCGACAGUCGCUAA